GAAGCAUCUUAUGUCAUUUUCAACCUACACUAUCUACCCUUUGUACACAUUGCACUGCAACUCUCUGUUCUCUUCUCAUUUCAUGCUUUCACUCUCCCUCUUAAAUUCUCUUCCAUCAGUACACUACUUAGUACUUACGUACUCUCUUUAAAGAAAAGAAUCUCUGCAUUCAUCUCUACUUCUGAUUAUGGCCUCCGAAAAACAACCACUUCAGCUUCCUCCCCUUCACUACAGGACAUGGGUUUUGAAAGUUUCCAUCCACUGUCCAGGCUGCAAGAGAAAAGUCAAGAAAGUCUUGCAAAACAUCGAAGGUGUUUAUACAACAGAUAUUGAUCCACAGCAGCAGAAAGUCAUAGUGACUGGAAAUGUUGAAGUAGAGACUUUGAUAAAGAAGCUGAUAAGGAAUGGAAGGAGUGCUGAGCUAUGGCCAGAGCCAAAACCUUUACCGAAAGAGAAGAAACCAAAGCGAAAUGAAAACAGCGACGAGGAUGAUGAACAAGAAGAUGAUGAAGAUAACAAUAAUGAAAAAACAGCUGAAAAUGGUCCUCAAAAACAUGGUGUGAAAUUUGGUGCGGUUGAAACUUUCACUGUGGAUGUCAAAGAAGUUAGGCAAGACGAAAGGUUGCCGGAGAAUGUUGCCGUCGUUGAGAGGUUCCCGGCAGCGGAACAAAAGGCCGGUGGUGGAGGACAAGGUGCUAAGAAGAAGAAGAAAAAGAAAAAGAAGAAGAGUGGGAAUAAUAGUUCAAAUGCGAAUCCAGGGUCUAAUGGUGCACCACCAAGCAGCGAAUCAGAAAUCGCAAAAAUGGGUCCCAAUCAAAUGAUGGAUCAAGCAAAUCCUGUCCAUUCAUUUCAGCAUCCUUAUUCGAUGCCGUACGAUCAGAAUCCACCUACUUAUUAUGUUCCUCAGCAGACUUAUGUGGUGAGUUACAAUGCGGCACACCCUACCAUAAGCAGUGCGCCGCCAUAUUACUAUAUUCCAUCGUCACCGUACAUGCACUCUGAUAUUUAUAUCAAACAAUCCACACCGUUGGAUUCUUUUGAGAUCUUGAGUGACGAGAACCCCCAUGCUUGCCAUAUCAUGUGAUCAUGCUGGACGUUGAUGUGGUUUUGUAUAUUAAGAUAAUAGUAUUCAAAUUAUGGCAGGAAAUUAAAGUUUUAUUUGUAGUUGCAUCUUGCUUUAAUUUAGAUUUUUGACUGUAUGUUAUAAGAUCCUGUUAUUUCUGGAUGUAAAUUUUAGA